UGUUGAAAGGUCGACUUCGAGACGAGGCCAGUCUCAACGUGCUCUCCGCCUCCUACGCCGCCUCUGCCGUCGCCGUUUCAGCCGUCUCCGCCUCCAACUCGCCCCACAAGACGCACACACACACACACACGCAUACACACACACAUUACUGUCAUUGUCUCGGUGUCUACUGUACCCUCGGCCGGCGACAGACGAUUCGUCGGAGGUCCGGCAGUCCGGACGGUCGGCCGAAAUUCGCCUCGACGGUGCGCAACGGACCGGCCGGACUCGCGAGCGGACCCACCAGCGGCGGCGUUGAUGUCGGCGUUGCCAUGGCUACGGCGGCAGGCUCAUGUGGAUCGAAAGCCUCUCAGUCGGGCAGCAGUCGAGCUCGCGCCUCCAGAGGCUUGGCGGCCGUGGUCAGCUCGGAGGGGGGCCAGGGCGAGACGAAGGGCGAGGCGAACGGAGCGCCACUUGGCCUUGGCGUCGUGGGCUCGGCUGCCACGGCGACGGGCGAAAAGGGCGUCGUGACGACCGGCGGUCUGCUCCGGCUCAUGGCCUCGGACCUGGGCCGCCGGGGCGCCGGUCUGGGAUUGGCCUAUUUGGGCGGCGAGGCCGAGGGCUACCUUCUUCUACAGCAGAGUCGGGGCAGUCUGGCGCGCUCCAGCCUGGCCUCGUUCGCCACCGUCAGUCUGUUCGACCAGUCGACCAAGCGCACCAGCCUCUUGCUCUCCUCCGUCGCCGUCACGAGUCCUCGCGGCUCCUUCCUCCUGCCCCCCGGCACCCUUGUCGGCCCCGGCCAGCUCGGCCAGACUGGUGAGUUCGCUAACCUCCUCUGCCCGCCCGGCUGGCCCGGCGACGCGAUGCGUGUCCUGCUGACGAACGGCGACGUCGACGGUGACGAUGGCAACGACGACGGCGAAGCAAGGAGCCUCCCGGUGCCACAACUCGCCGCAACCCGCCCCGCCACAGCCACGAUUACGGCGACGGCGACGGCGACGGCGACGGCGAGUCAUCCUGCUGCCCUGCCUUCAGUGGUCGUCGACGGCCUGAGUCAGACGUCGUUGGAGGCCGGCAUGCAGACCUCUGGAUGGACAGAGACGAUUCGCAUUCUCGUCCACGCCCACGACGCUCCGGAGCUCUCAAGGCCGAGGUUGGACCAUCUGCCGCUGCCAGACCUCGUUCAGGAGAGCUUGCACCGACUACAGCAGCCCCGACAACCGCAUCGCUUGACGACCAGCAGUCUGGUGACCAACGCGACCGAGGCGGAUCGAGACCGAGUGUUGCCGUUCGUCGACGACGCGCGGCCAGACGAGGAGUUCGGCCGGAGCGAUGAGGCGGCAACCUCGUCGCGUCUAUCCGUCUACGCCGCUCCCGUUUCGUCGGUACGUCGGUCUGCAUGCAAGUGUGAGAGAGAGAUAGCCGUCUGGCCAACCGGUUGCGACGAUCGGCACCAAUUUGAGUCGUUGUUGAAGCACACGAUACCGUCAGAAUGUCACCUGCCUCGCCAUGACGACCAACGGCUACGUCUGGCAAACGAGGCUCACGACGGGUUUUUGUCCGUUCCGGUCGGCUUGGCGGGCGGAAGCAAGCCAUGGCGAGUCGAGGAGGCCAGCUCAAGCCGG